AUGAAGCCUUGGGUAAAUUUUCCAAAAACUGUGCCGGUGUUUUUACUAAUUAUUGUGGCAAUAUGUGAUGGUGUGAUAUAUCGCGCUCCGCAUCGCUCAUUCGGGAGCGACAUCUUGAUCAACGACAGAAAUCAGUCUCAGGUUGGGCAAUUUAUUCGGUUAGCAGAGGGCUCUGUCUUCGGUUCCGCAGAUACCACCGUUGGUGCCCUGAAAGUUCCUUACUAUGCAUACAAAGGAAUCCCCUUCGCUGUUCCUCCACUCGGGGAACUGAGAUUUAAGGAUCCUGUGCCUUAUCCUAAUUGGCAAGGGACGAGGUUGGCAACUCAAUUUAAGGAUUAUUGCCUGGGAUUCCUGUUUUCUUUCAUGAGUGGAGAUGAGGACUGUUUGUAUCUAAAUGUCUUUGCGCCGAAGAGGAACCCAGAGGAUCAACGGCUUUUGCCUGUGAUAUUUUGGAUCCAUGGAGGCGGAUUCCAACACGGAUCCGACAUCAAUUCUUGGUUGUAUUACCCAGGAAGGUUCCUUGAACAAGGAAUCAUAUUCGUGUCUCCAAACUAUAGACUUGGGGCCUUGGGGUUCUUAAGCACGGAUGACGCCGUGGCGCCCGGGAACUAUGGGUUGAAGGACAUCGCGUUGGCGUUGCGGUGGACGCGGAUGAAUGCACGGGCGUUUGGGGGCGACCCGGACGCCAUCACGGUCAUGGGACAAAGCGCCGGCGCCGUCACGGCGCACCUCCUGGCCUUCUCGCCCGUUACGCAAGGCCUUUUCAGGUCAGGUAUUUCAAUGAGUGGUGCAGCCACCGUGAAUUGGGGAAUUCACCCAAGACACAGAUUGGUUGCUAACAAAAUGGCAUCAUCAUUAAACUGUCCAGUGCGCAGCAGUGAAGAGAUGAUUUUCUGUUUGAGAAGAAGAGGAGCCAGAGAACUUGCCAGUGGUGUCAAAGAGUUCUAUACUUUACCUGGACCUCGUUAUGCAAUUCCCUUUGCUCCACGGAUCGAUGCUGAUUCUUCAUACCCGAUUCUUCCCCAACAUCCAUUAAAAAUGAUUUUGAAUCGAAGAUUUCAACCGAAACCCUGGAUUUUUGGGUACACCAAGGACGAAGCAGCUUCUUUCUACUGGGGAAUUUAUUAUGACGAGGAUCGAAUCAUGAAACUGGACUCAAUUUGGGAUAUGCAAUGCAAAAGACACAUUUUUGCGAGUUUGGGCGCCGAAGAUGUUUUACCUCCUCCAAAUCAGAUGUUGGGAGUUUGCAAAAGAGCAAGAAAACUUUAUUUCGGAGGCAAAAGAAUCAAUAAUAAUUCAUCCACUGAACUGACUCAGGUGGGAACUGAUGCUUUGAUCGCUUUUGGCACAAUUGCAGCGGCAAUGAUUCAGUGCCAAAGGUCAGUGGACACUUGGUUAUACAGAUGGGAUCACGCUAAUGAUAAAAUCAGUUUUGUCAACGUUGUGAAUUACAUCUUCAACAACCGUUUGCAUGGAUUCAUCACGAAAACCAAGAGAACCAGCGAUUUUCGCCUUGGACCCAGUGUUGGACACUUGGAUGAUUUGUUCCUAUUGAUGUCACCACCUGUAUUUCCACCAUUGAAAGGCGGUGAUCUAGCUGUCCAAGAUUUGAUGAGUGAAACAUUUGGGAGUUUCAUCAAAUUUGGAAAUCCAACAGUGGGAAACAAUGUCAAUUGGCCACAAUUCAAUAGAUAUUCGCAAAAGUAUCUAAUUGUUGAGGAAAAGCCCAGAGUUGAAGACCAUCCCAUGUCCGAAGAGAAAAUGACUUUAUGGGCUCAAACCUAUGAUCUCUUUAACCAAGAGCAUCUUCACUUUGCCAUUCCAUCACUGAACAACCUCUUGGACCUGCCACCUGUUGAGAAAAGCGGGGAAUUUCAAGACACCCGCCCAAGUGCCAUGCUUCGGAUCUCUAAUAUAGAUGUCGCUCCUGAAGCUCAAUACCACGCAUAUCCACCCUUCCAAUUGUUUCCCUUGAACAUUUGGGCUUCUCCUCAUUAUUUUCGCCCAAUUCCUGCCUCAUCAACUGCGUCGAUGAGUCAGCGAUUUGGAUCCAAUGGGGCCGCCAUCUUGGGAAGCUUGGAUUCUUGGAACAGCUUGAGGAAUUUUCCACCAGCCAUGGUUUAUCCUCAGCCAAUGCAUAAUUGGCAAAGGUUUUUGUACAGGAAUCCCCCAGGGAUGAAUCACAACUGGAUGUUGCCUCCAUAUUGGAGUAUCUUCAACAUGGCUGCUCCCAACAGGGUUUUCAUGAGUCCUGUAUUUCAGCCUGUUGCCAGUUUGCCUGUGGGAAACAAUAAACACGAUAUGCCUUUUGAGGGAAAGAACAUCGUUUUCAUCAAACCCUCCUUCAGCAACCCUGCUGGGAAUGCUUUAACUCCACAACCUCCAUCAAUUUUCCCAGCAUUCAUUGCUUCGAGGCCAUCAGCAAUAGAAAACACUGGAAGAACAGAAAUGCCGGAACCAGAAGAACCCACGUCACCUUCGAACAAUAAUUCUUCACCCUUCUGCGGUUACCAAAACACAGAUUUAACAUGUGGGCUCGACCAAACCGUUUGUUUGAGAGAGUACCCAUGGCUGGUUCUGCUGUAUUCAUCAGGAGAUUCAAUUACCUGCUCUGGGGCUCUAAUUAGUCCCAAUUACGUCCUGGCUUCUUCCUUCUGCGUCAAAAGCUUGACGAAGAUCAGAGUAGGAGAGAAUGACCUGAGCACGGAAAAAGAUUGUACGAGAGGACGCUUGAAGAGUUGUUGGCAACACGUUGAUUUCAAGCCGAUUACUGUUAAUCAAAACGGACCCAUUUCGUUGAUCAGACUGGACAAAACAGUGCCUGAAGAAUUGGCGACUCCGAUUUGCAUUCCUGGGAAUGAAGAGGCGAACAAGUUGGCGACUGGCGUUGUUAUUUUGGCUGGCUGGGGUUUGCAUCAAGCAGGUGCAGAUAAAACCAUUGGCACUCCUAAUGGAAGACAAAUCAGGAACCAAGCAAAAACCGCUGCAUUGGAUCCGUGUCUGAUAUCCAAGAAGAACUCAACUUUUUGUGCUGAGGAUAAACUGAAUUCUGAAAAUGAGUGCAUUUCUGACAAUGGAUCCCCUUUGAUGUCCCCAAUAAGCGGAUCCGGCCAAUUUUUCUUGAUGGGACUCAAAGCAGAGACCGAUGACAAGGUCUGCUUUUCUGGAAACCCUGUUGAGUUCAUUCGAGUUUCGGAUUAUCACGACUGGAUCAAGGCCCAGACUUUUGAUAAUUCUUGACUGGAACGAUGAUUUUUGAAAAGCGUAGUUGAUGAUUUACUGUUUCCUCAAAAUAUGAGGCAGGUAUCAUAGAAAAAAAAGGGGUCCUAUGGUAAAUUUUCAGGUUUUUGUUGAGAAGAAAUUCGGGCCCACUUCUAAAAACAAGCAUGCGUCUUAAAUUUGAGAAGAUGGGUUUUUUUCGAUUUUGAAUCGUCAAUUUCUCCAAUUCAGGCAGAAGCAUUUCUCUCAAAAAAUUUCUGGUUGAAAAAUACUUUAUAAUCGAGUUUUAUUCUUACUAUUAAUAUUGAAAAUCGUGCAUUAUGAAACUUCUAAUCUCACAAAAAAUAAUAACAUUAACCUGUUAGAACAGAAUUUUAAUUUGUGACCUUUCUAUUGAUAUUGAAUAUGGGGAAUAUUUUUAGGCAAUGGUGCUAUUUAUGUUUUGUGCUCUUUCAAAGGAAAUAUCGAGGUUUUCUUUUUGUCAAUGCUAAUUUUUCACGCAAUGCCAGAGAUAAUGAGAAGAAUUCCAAUUCAAGAAGAUAGAAGCAGUCCUGUCCCAAAUGCGAGUGGCCUUCGUCGAAGAGAGUAAAAAUACAACACAUUCAGUCCGAAUAAAAUCAGCAUAAAGCAAACAAUUCUUGAUUACAUUUUAGAAACAAAUCCUUUUCUUCAAAACUCAAAAGUGAGGCAGAAAAAUGGCAUUCUGACACGACUUGAGUGGAAUUAUUCUCUUGCCAUUUUAUAAAUGACGAAUUCUCUAGAAAUUCUCAUUCAAUGUUAUGAAUAAUAUAGAUAAAUAAAUGUUGUAUGUUUGGCUGCUCACGAAUAAUUUUCGGACGUGCAGAACCAGGACAACCCUCCAUUUUUGAAGUUGCGUUGACUAUGUCAAAUUCUUGGUCGAUAGGGGAAUUAGUGGAAUUAUCAUUCCCCUUUUAGUUUUUACUCGACCAAAAAAAUGGGACCAAAGAUGAAAUUUUGCAUCAUUAUAUAGAACGUAGUCAAAAUUCCGAGCUUAAUAUUCGGCAGUUUUAAGAAAAUCUCGUUAAAACGGGAAAUCUAACUCAAGAGAGUUAUUCGAGGAUUUUCAACACGAGCUUCGAUCCCGAGGAUGAGUUUUUUGUUUGAUUGUUUGUUUUCGUUUACAAAAUCCCACGUUUGACUCUCGAAAUGUUCGUAUCGAAAAUUGAAAUACAAAGAGAAAACCGACGAAUGCGGGUUCAUCAUUCGAA